CUCCCUCCCCGCCAUGCCGGACCAGAUCUCCGUGUCGGAAUUCGUGUCCGAGACCAAUGAGGAUUACAAGGCGCCCACCGCCUCCAACUUCACCACCCGCCUGGCGCAGUGCCGGAACACCGUGGCCGCCGUCGAGGAGGCACUGGAUGUUGACAGAACUGUGCUUUAUAAAAUGAAGAAAUCUGUAAAAGCAAUAAAUAUAUCUGGUUUAGCUCAUGUGGAAAAUGAAGAACAAUAUACUCAAGCUUUGGAGAAAUUUGGAGGCAACUGUGUCUGUAGGGAUGAUCCAGACUUAGGAACAGCAUUUUUAAAAUUUGCUGUGUUUACAAAGGAAUUGACGGCACUCUUCAAAAACCUGAUCCAGAAUAUGAACAACAUAAUAACCUUUCCACUGGACAGUUUGCUGAAGGGAGAUCUAAAAGGAGUUAAAGGGGACCUGAAGAAACCAUUUGAUAAAGCUUGGAAAGACUAUGAAACAAAAGUGACAAAAAUAGAAAAAGAGAAAAAGGAACAUGCUAAAUUGCAUGGAAUGAUCCGCACAGAAAUAAGUGGGGCGGAAAUAGCUGAAGAGAUGGAAAAAGAGAGAAGGUUCUUCCAGUUACAAAUGUGUGAGUACCUGUUGAAAGUAAAUGAAAUCAAGAUUAAGAAAGGAGUUGACUUGCUUCAAAACCUUAUCAAGUAUUUCCACGCACAGUGCAACUUCUUUCAGGAUGGUCUGAAAGCUGUUGAAAGCCUCAAACCUUCAAUAGAAAAGUUGUCCACAGACCUUCACACAAUCAAGCAAGCACAAGAUGAAGAAAGGAAACAAUUAAUUCAACUUAGGGAUAUUUUAAAAUCUGCACUUCAAGUUGAUCAGAAAGAGGAUUCUCAGCUCCGUCAGAGUACCACGUACAGUUUACACCAGCCUCAGGGAAAUAAGGAGCAUGGCACGGAGAGAGAUGGGAGCCUCUAUAAGAAAAGUGAUGGAAUCAGAAAAGUGUGGCAGAAGAGGAAAUGCACAGUUAAAAAUGGUUUCCUUACCAUUUCCCAUGGUACAGCAAACCGACCUCCUGCAAAGCUCAAUCUGUUAACUUGCCAAGUGAAAACAAACCCAGAGGAGAAAAAAUGUUUUGACCUCAUAUCACAUGACAGAACAUAUCAUUUCCAAGCGGAGGAUGAACAGGAUUGCCAAAUCUGGAUAUCUGUGCUACAGAACAGUAAAGAAGAAGCUUUGAAUAACGCGUUCAAAGGCGACGACAACACAGGAGAAAAUAACAUUGUCCAAGAACUGACAAAAGAAAUCAUCUCUGAUGUGCAGAGGAUGCCUGGAAAUGAUAUGUGCUGUGACUGCGGAGCACAAGAUCCUACAUGGCUCUCAACCAACCUGGGCAUUUUAACUUGUAUCGAGUGCUCAGGAAUUCACCGAGAACUUGGUGUCCACUAUUCCAGAAUGCAGUCGCUCACAUUAGAUGUGCUGGGAACAUCUGAACUGCUGCUUGCCAAGAAUAUUGGGAAUGCAGGAUUUAAUGAGAUUAUGGAAUUUUGCCUUCCUGGAGACGAGAUAGUCAAACCCAAUCCAAGCAGUGACAUGAAUGCAAGAAAAGAUUAUAUUAAUGCCAAAUAUAUUGAAAGAAAAUAUGCAAGGAAAAAAUACUCUGAUACAGUGGCUAAGCUACAAAGUCUCUGUGAAGCAGUCAAAACAAGAGACAUUUUUGGACUGGUCCAAGUAUAUGCUGAUGGUGUGGAUCUAACUGAGAAAAUUCCACUAGCAAAUGGACAUGAACAAGAUGAAACUGCCCUUCAUCUCGCAGUAAGAUCAGUUGAUCGGACCUCGCUUCACAUAGUUGACUUCUUGGUGCAGAAUAGUGGAAACCUCGACAAGCAGACGUGUAAAGGCAGCACUGCUCUCCAUUACUGCUGUUUGACAGAUAAUGUUGAAUGCCUCAAACUACUUCUGAGAGGGAAAGCUUCUAUCGAAAUAGCUAACGAAGCUGGAGAGACGCCACUUGAUAUAGCUAAACGUUUAAAACAUACACGGUGUGAAGAGCUGUUGACCCAGGCUUUGGCUGGAAGGCUUAAUUCCCAUGUCCAUGUCGAAUAUGAAUGGCGGCUACUUCAUGAAGACCUGGACGAAAGUGAUGAUGAUGUGGAUGAAAAGUUGCAGCAGCCAAGCCCCAAUCGAAGAGAGGACAGGCCUGUCAGUUUCUACCAGCUAGGAUCUGGCCAACUUCAGCCAAACGUGGCAUCUUUGGCAAGAGAUGCUGCCAACAUAGCCAAGGACAAGCAAAGGGGCUUCAUGCCCAGCCUCUUGCAGAAUGAGACCUACGGAGCUAUACUCAGCAGCAGUCCUCCUUCCACCCAGACUCUGGCUUCUGUCACAAGUGCACCGCCUUUGCCUCCCAGGAAUGUCGGAAAAGUUCAGUCUUCAUUUCUUGGCAGUGCUGUUCAGACAACUCCUUCACCGAACACACUGUGGAAGACAAAUUCAUUAGGAAUGGAAAGCAUAAGCAGGCAGAGGUCUUCAUCUGAUCCACCAACUGUCCAUCCCCCUGUUCCGCCAUUGCGUGUAACAUCUACAAGUAUCCUUUCUUCAACACAACCUCCAGUUGUGAAGACAGCCAGUGUGCUGGAAACUUUGAGCCACCAAUCAAAACAGCAAGCUGUACCACAGUCCAAACCUACACCACCUCCGCUUCCUCCCCAGCCUCCAAGUCGAAUUUCUCAGAAAAAGCCUUCUUCUGGGACUGACAAGUCAUCCAGCUCAGCUAACAAGGGGCAGAACAAAGGAGCUGGAUCGUCACAGCAGUCCUGUGGAGAGUCUUUGUCUGUGUCUGAGACGCCUGGAUCACAAAUUGCCCCUUCUGCAAACAUGUCUGUACCGAUCCAACCUCCAGCUCCAAUGCCAAGGAAGUCCCAAGUAUCAAAAACAAAACCCAAAAGAGUGAAAGCAAUUUACAACUGUGUAGCAGAUAAUCCAGAUGAGCUAACGUUUUCAGAGGGUGAUAUAAUCAUAGUUGAUGGUGAGGAAGAUCAGGAAUGGUGGAUUGGGCAUAUUGAUGGUGAACCUAACCGAAAAGGAGCUUUCCCUGUAUCAUUUGUGCACUUUAUUGUUGACUGAACUGCCUCUUGCACAUGGAGAGACUUUCACUUC